GCCAAAACGACGUCAAUCUCGCCCCCCCCAGCAAACUCCAACUUGGAGCGUCGACAAGAAUGCCACGCCUACGUCCACCUAGAUAACACAAUUUCUUGGGGACAGGAUCUCUAGAAACCACGGCGCCAUGUCCUCCAGCAGCAGCAGCAAACGUCGUUCGAUCCUCCCUCCCGUUUCCAACUCGGGACCUCAAGCUCCCGUCAAUGCUUCAUCGUCGGCCAAAGUCUCGGACAACAGCAUUCUGACAGGCACCCAUUCCAUCACGAUACAAUCCGAGAGCGUGGUACAUCCCCGGGCGAGGCUCGAGUCUACGAGCGGCAGCGUCCUCGUGGGCCGCCGCUGCAUCAUCCACGAACGCACCCACAUCGGCUCGACCGAUGGCGACGAGACCAGCGGUGGCGUGGUACUAGGGGACUACGUGACCGUUGAGGCCGGCGCGGUCAUCAAAGCUGGUGGGACGGAGAUUGGCGGGGACACUGUUGUGGGCGUGAAGGCGCGUAUUGGCAACGGCGCAAAAGUCGGAAAGAAUUGUACGAUUACGCCGCUAUCCGUUGUCAAGCCUGGCGAGACGAUACCCGAUUUCACUGUCAUAUACUCGAAUGGCCGGCGGAGGACGGACAAGCGUGGUGUUACGGAGCUGCAGCACAGGGUCCAGGCAAGGCAUGUCGAGGUGUUGAAGAGGUUGAUUCCCAAUAAUCCGGCAAAGCGUCAAGCGGCGGCCGGAUAGAUUGGAAUCUAAUCCACUCGGUCUUUGCCGAUAGAUCGGCGAAUUCGCUAUGGGACCUUUGACAGCUGGUCUGCCAUGAGUCUGGCUAUAUCCAGUCCUUCGACUAGUGGGGCAGCAGUUGUUCUCUGCAUUUUAUAGCGUCCAAUUGAUGAGAUACCCCGAAACGUAUUCUCUAGACGUCCUUCCAUCCGUCAUUGAGCAUUACCUGUUGACUCUCGGUUCAUCUUGAUAGAUACGCGUCCUCUUCCGCAGUGUCAUCAGGUCAGCCAUUUUCUUUCUGUUGACAAGCCAUGGCGUUACAAACUUUU